AUGAAUCCCCCAGAGAGGAUUCGACCGACAGCUUCAAGGAGAAGAAGACGUAUGAUUAUUGAAGACGAUGAUGAGGGACAUAAUGAUCAGGGGGAUCCUUCUACAGUGCAUGAGGAAAAUGUGGUACAUGAGCAUAUGGUGCACGAGCAGGUGGAUGUACAUGAGCAGGAGGAGGCUGCACCUGCUCAUGGGGAGAGCAUAUGGAGGAGGAACAUGAUGGAACUGAGGGACCUGGUGAGCUCACACGGUAUCCUGAAGGACCUUAUGAUUUGUAUGUCCUUACACGAUACCGUUAUCAUGUUUCAGCUAAACUAUGGUUUGGCGAGUUUGAAGAUGAUCGACAACAACUUGAUAUCUGCCUUUGUUGAAAGAUUGUAUUCUGAGACAUCGUCAUUUCACAUGCCAUUUGGUGAAAUGACGAUUACUUUGGAUGAUGUUGUCAAUCUUCUCGGAUUGCCUAUUAGGGGUGAGUUCUACAGUCCACCCGAUGUAGAUAGAGUAACGGAGGUGUUCAGAAGGCAGUGUGCAGCAGAGAGGUUUGACUGUGCUGCUAGAGCAUAUCUGUUGAAUUUAGUCGGGAGUACUAUUUUCGCUGAUAAGAGUCAUACUCUAGUUGAUGCGAAGUACCUUCUUUUAUUCAGAUAUUUAGAUGGUAUAGAUAAAUAUGCAUGGGGUACUGCUGCACUAGUGGUGUUUUAUGACUACCUCUCAGAUGUCUGCUAUUGUGACACCAAACAGCUAGGUGGAUAUAUGACGCUGCUUCAGUGCUGGAUUUACGAAUAUUUUCCGAAUAUUUGUAAUAGAGGUGAUCAGGGUGCUGACGUGGAAUGUUUUGCCCGAAUGAAUAGAUGGUGCUAUAAGCAAGGCAAGCAUAAGGUCCACGAAUACAGAAGUAUUAUUGAUGCAUUGACACCUGCAGAUGUUAUAUGGAGACCAUGGGAGAAUCACAGGGGUGUCAUUCCUUUUGAUGAUAUCACACUUUAUACUGGUCACAUUCGAUUAUGCAGCACUGUAGUGAAAUAUCUACCAGAGAGGUGUUUGAGACAAUUCGGAUAUAUCCAGUAUAUUCCUUCACCGCCACUUCCAGAUCCUGCUAGAUUAUUUGAUGUAGAUGUGGAAUGGUUGCGAUAUGUGACGCCAGUGACAGAGCUAUUUCACAAGCUUCGUCCAGCUACAUAUCCAUCUGAGUGUGAAGAUGGAUAUUUGGAGUGGUUCUAUCAGGUGUCUCAUCCACUGCUGGUGUGA